AUGCGGAAACAUCGUAAUUCGGCCCAUUUAAAGUGCAUAGCAGCGAUGUUCACGUGUUGGAUCCUCCCACUGAAACAUCCCGCCCAUCACUCUCUACGUAUAAAACGGCGACGAGGAAAAGAAAUGAACAAAAGGCAUUUUCGCCAUUCCGCUGCAUGGACCUGUUGUUGUAAUAUGGUAGCUGUCCUCAUCGGAAAACUAAAGUAUCCUUCACAUUUUUCCGAAAUUUCUCCGAACCUGGAUCGAGCAUUCGCACGUUUUGGCUCACCAAUUUUGACUGUAUUCUCGUGUGAUUGGAUUUCAACAUCUGUCAUCUGCUUUGGUGUUUGUGAACUGACUAUCCGUGUCGCCUGUGCAUAUUCGGCUAAAUAG